GAAUGCUGGAUUGACCUUGGAGCACGGUUUAAAUAAAUCGUUCAGGCUUUUAGUCUUAAGCGUUAAAAGCUAUACCAACUCUCCGCCCUGUCACUGUUCAUAUUUCUGGUUGAACAAAGGUUUUCCGACCUAAACAACACAGUUUUGUAUGGUUAUUGGAUUCAUUCGUGACAUGAAUUAUGAAUUACCAAGACAAUGACCACACAGAAAUAGUCCAAGCUGAUGAACAAAAGAUGCCUACAUGUUUAACAGAAGAUGAAAGUCAACGAAUAAGCUGUGUGGAGUAUAUUAAGCAAUAUGAUAUCUCACAGCUGGCUCAAAUGUUGGCACACAGUGCUGAGGAGUUCGUACGUCAUGUUUGGCUCAGAGGUUGGCAAGUAGUUAAUCAUCACAGUCUUCCUGCAUGGUUGCGUGACAAUGAUUACAUUUUGCAUUAUCAUCGACCUCAGUUAAACACUUUUUGGGCUUGUUUCAAGUCGAUUUUCAGAGUGCAUACAGAAACAGGAAAUAUAUGGACUCAUUUGUUGGGGUGUGGGAGCUUUUUUGCCAUUACAAUAUUCAUGUUAAUUCAGUCAGGAGCUCUACUACAAUGGCAAGAUAAGCUUGUAUUUUCUGCAUUCUUUUUUGGUGCUACUGUUUGUCUCGGACUUUCUUGUUUAUUUCACACUCUUUCUUGUCAUUCGAAAAGCAUUGGACGGUUGUUUAACAGGUUGGACUAUACUGGCAUAGCGUUUCUAAAUUUAGGUUCGUUUGUACCAUAUUUAUAUUAUUCAUUCUACUGCAUAUUGUGGGCCAAGUUAUUUUAUAUUAUUUCGGUUGCCGUUUUGGGGAUAGCAGCAGUCGUUGUUUCAAUGCAUCCAUCUUUUACUACACCUCAUUAUCGUCCUAUUCGGGCUGGUGUUUUCAUGGGAUUAGGUCUUUCAGGAGUUAUUCCAUGCAUUCACACAGUAAUAUUAGAUGGAUUCUUCCAUUCUGUUAUUCAAGGUUCUUUAGGUUGGCUUAUUCUUAUGGCCGUUUUGUAUUUAAGUGGUGCAACCAUCUACGCUGUCCGUGUACCGGAAAGACUAUUUCCUGGACGUUUUGAUAUUUGGUUUCAAAGUCACCAAAUAUUUCAUGUGUUCGCGGUGGUUGCAGCUUUAGUUCACUACCACGGUUUAGUUAAACUUGCCGACUACCGUCUAUCUACUGGCGACUGUAAACCUGUUGGACUGAAUUUCGAUUCAAAUCGAUUAAAAAUGUUCGGUCUGGAUAUAUUUCCUAACACAUGAUUAAAUAUUUCCAUAAUAUGAAAAAGUUAUUAUUACAAGUGAUUACAUACUUGAGAUAUAUAUAUGUCUAUUGACUGAUCAUAUAUCUUUCAUUUGAUUUAUAUUAUACCCAAUACACAGCAUCUCAAUAUUUUCGGAUCGAAAGUCUAUGAUUUUUAUUCUUAUUAGUGCUUUUCUGAAGACUAUCAUACUUACUUUAUGUUUGUUAUCUUUUUCAUUUUUAUAUGUAUAUUUAUAUUAUUAAUGGUCCGUGUUUAUCUAGUGUGACUCUUCGGAAUAUUAGGUCUUUGAAUAAAAACAACUUUUCACUAUCACGUUAUCUUUCGUAAUUGUUAUUUCCAACAUGGUUUAGAUUGUUAUUUCGAGAUUUUACAUGGUUUUCUUUAAAAUUGAUACAUCCUUUACUCUGUAAUUUACAUGCAUAGUUUCUUAGCGCGUAUUUACCUCGUGUUCUGUAUUGGACUGAGUUAAGCUUUGCUAUCAGGAUUUACGUCACUCAUGUCAUCCAGUUGUCUGGAUCUGUUUUGUUUGGAACAUCAGUAACACUAAGUAUGUACUGUUUUACAUACUGCUUCAGGACAGCGAAAUAAAACUGACAGAUCGAAAAGCAAAGUCGCAAUGACAGUAGAUUCACUGAUAGUAAGACUAAAAGCAGGAAAUAUGGCUUGACAAGGAAAGAGAUAAAAUGUAUGAAGUAGUACUCUGCGAUAAAACAAAUAAUGAACUUAUCUGUCAGUGCGAUCGUUCAGGACCAAGUCGAGAAAACCAAACCUAUGUAUAUACGAGUACAUCUAGCCCCUGUUCAUUUUGGUCCGUAACAGAUCUUUAAACCCCUUUCCCUUUGUAUGUACCACAUUCGUAUGAUUUGACGAUAUUGGUUAUAGCUCACCACCUUACAGUGAUUUUUCUUAAUCCCUUAAUGAUAUUUCAGCUCUACACACUUUAUAUUUAUGUUGCAUUCUAUGUAAAAGCAUACUACUGUCACAGUUAUCACUGAUGAAUUCAAUAUAUCUAUGAAACCCUCAACCUUUGUAUUAAUGUACCAGCCAGGUUGACUUAAUUUCUAUUUGAAUUAUGUAUUUACGAGGAUCAUCAGCUCAGGACCUAAUGUAGACAAUCAAUAAAACUACUGUGUUGUUCUG